AUGCAGUUUGGACUCCCUGAACUUUCAAGGAACUAUUUCCAUGUAUUAGUGAAAAUAGUUGUUCUAGCGCAGGCUUCUAGUGGUACGUAAAGCGUUUUAGACUAACUCCUGAUUAAAUAUUUUUCUUUGAGCAGAAUACUUUUAACAAAUCUUUUUUCAUUCCUCUCUUUAUUUCUAGGGACAAAAGUCGUCGAUAUGCAAGGUAAAACUCUCAGCCGAGGUACAAGUAAAGGAAUAACCUAUGCCAGAUUUAAGGCUCACAAGUUUUCCUACCUCAACAUCACUAUUACUGGUUCGGAUUAUGUUGGAGAGGACAGCGAAUGUGGAUUUGCUUGUGUCAAAAUUUCGUCGUGUUUUUCGUUUAACCUGGCUGCAUUUCAUGAUAUGAAUGGCAAAGUUCUGUGUGAAUUACUUCCAUCGGAUCUGUACAACAACUCGGAUAAGCUUGUCCCUAGUCACAGUCACCAUCACUACAGUAUCGCGGUAAGUUGGAAAUAAAAAAUGUUCACUCUGUUUUGUGAAAAGAAAAGGAGAGGAAUCGCAGAUAAUUUCUUGUGGAGGUUUUUUUCAUUUUUUUACCUUUUUAAUAAUACACCUAAAGGCUACGUGGUCCACUCUUACAACUGUAACAUUUAGGCCAUGUGUUUUCCUUUUGAAGUUUCUCCUUAUUGGAAGGAGGACAGUGUGGUUAAUUGCAAAAUAGAGAAAGCGUUUACUUGAGCGGAAGACUUAUAGAGAAUUUUGGGUCUAAGUGGGGAAGGUUUACUGACCCAAUUUUUGAACACGGUCCACGAUGAUAUAUAAAAUGAUUGGUACCAGAUCUUUCUCGUUUCCUUCGUAUAUGUUUUCUUUAGUCUUCAUGUUUCAAAUGGCCUUGUCAGAACAAUGGGAAAUGUAUGGCACAGAACGAGAAGAACAGUUACGAGUGCGUUUGCGCGAAAGGAUACACAGGGGAACAUUGUGAAACGGGUGAGACACAAUUUAGUGUGUAUUUACAAGACUGCUUCAAACUUACGUUGUAAUUCUCUUCCACUGCGAGAGAAUGACUCAAAGCUUAUCUGUUUACCGCUUUCUUGUCGUCAUCGUACAUUUCCAAAUUCCCCCGCAAAUUAACUGCCAUGCAAGUUAAUUUCAUUUUUCCUUCAGAUAUUGACGAGUGCAGUGCUUCCAUCAGGCCCUGUGACAUCAAUGCAAACUGCCAGAACACUUAUGGCUCCUACACAUGUUCCUGUAAAAGUGGAUUUUAUGGAAAUGGAAAAACGUGUAUGGGUAGACCCUAUUUGUUCUUAAUCUGUUAGUCACACUACUUAGAGUCAGUUUAUCAGUUAGUCUAUAACUAAUUCGUCUCCAGUUUUGAAAUUUUCAUCUUUUUUAAUUACGCUUGCGCUCGAUGAUCAAAAACAAAAUUUUCAUGUCGAUAGUUUUUGGCUUCCGAUGUAAAGCUUUCAAAGACUUAAUUAUUUGACACGGAGCGAGAGGAUAAAGUAACAGAAAAUGUACGAUUUAUAAAUUAAACAUAGGAUCAUUUUCAAACUUUCUGCCGAUUUUGGAUAUCAUAUGGUAAAAUCGAGAAAGUGUCCCCCCUUUUUUUUCCUCUAGGAAACUAGAAAAAGAUGCUCUUAAAAUUGCAAUCGGUUUCCUAAAUCCUUGUAGUUAUAUCGAACUACCUCUGGCUCAAAAGUUGGCCUUCAACAGUGAAAAUGUUGGCCAAUUUACAGCUAACAGUCAAUACCUUUCCCUUAUGGUCACCAUAAAGAUUUUACAGUUAACUUAUUACUAACACCACACCAAAAAAAAACAGAAGAAGGGUGAGAUUAUUGCACAGUUCAUUUCAGGCUAGAAAAAAGAAUACGAAGCUAUCCUCUACAAUAUUCCCAUCAUAUGCCAGAAAGACGUAGACAUAAAAUUAAAAUGUUCAUACGUUAUUAUUAAAAAAACAAUGAGAACUGUUCUUUCACUGCAGGCUGGACUCUUAUCGCUCGAUUCUCAAACAGCGAUGGCAAGAAUUGGAUGCGUGACGAUGGUAGAUGGUGGUUUGACCAACAAAUUGCCAUUGGAGCGAUAACUAACCCUUCUGCGAUGGACGAUAUGAUUUCAACAGCCUUUUGGUCGGUCAGGGGCAGAGAAAUAAAGAUCACGCGCAGUGACGACCCCAGCCACACCCCUCUGUUACAAACCACAGGUAACUGUUUGGCUGGAAAAACAUUCCGAUCUAAAAUCACAAGUUAUGGCGACUUUAGAAAUGGCAAGGUCUGGGCCACUGAUCAGUGUCGAGGAAGUUGUAAGGUUCAAUAUGGCGGACAGUACAAGUCAACAGACGGGUUUCAACAGGCUAAUUGCAGUGGAGACAUCCAAAGCGCCAACAAGAUCGGCUUCUGGUGUGACUGGACUGGUGAUGGAGCAGUGAUGAUGAUUGGUGGAGGAGGAACUAGCUGUGCACGUGCUGAUCAUGGAAUUGGGAUCACAGAAACUGGCCGUGUUUCUUUCGUUGAAAUAGAUGACAUUCAAACUGAAUAUGACUUUGGUUACAAUGCUAUAUCAAGCACCACUCCAUCCCAGUCCUAUUCGUUGAACAUAUGGAUCCGUUAG